UCUGAAUAUUAGAGGAGAUGCUCCGUAGACGGGGGUGACAGCAGUUGUCAGCGACCAAAUAGCGGCUGUCUGCGGGUGGUGUACACUCGGGUUAUUGGUCAGGCGCUUGCCACUCUCAUCUAUUUUGCUUAUUUUACUUCCGUGUUUGCUGUAUCUUCCUGAACGAGUUAUUUCUUUUUCUUUUUUCCGACAAAAAACACCACGCUUUGUCAGGUGUUGCUCCUAAGAUGGCGAUGAUGAAGAGUGGUUGGCUCCAUCGACAAAGUACCAUACUGCGUCGGUGGAAAAGGAACUGGUUUGACUUGUGGGCUGAUGGCCGACUGGUCUUCUAUAAUGAUCAACAACGGCAGGACAUGGAAGAUGAUGUCCACAUGAGGAUUGACUGCAUUAACAUUCGCAGCUCUGCUGCAUGUCAAGAUCUGAACCCACCUGAGGGGAAGAUGCGUGAUGCCUUGCUCCAGAUAGUGUGCAGAGAUGGACGGGUCAUCAGCCUGUGUGCAGACAGUUCAGAUGAUGCUCUGGCAUGGACCAUGGCACUUCAGGAUGCCAGAAUUAAUGCAGUUGUUGCUGCUCCUCAGAUCAGCUUUGCACAGGAAGCGAUUGCAUCUGCUCCUCCCCCCUACUCAGAAUAUGCUCCGCCACCUCAGGUCUAUGCAGGCCCAUAUGGAGACUAUGUUGCACCUCCACCACAUGCUACACAGAUUAUAUACUCUGCUGAUGGGCAGCCCUACACUGUUGCUUAUCCUUAUCACUCCCAAGGUGGGUACCCUGCUCCUGGAGUGAACCAUGUUAUUAUUCGGGAGCGCCACCACGAUGACGGAGGAGAUGUGGCUUUGGGCAUGCUCGCUGGAGCGGCGACCGGCUUGGCACUUGGUUCUCUCUUCUAUGUCUUCUAGUGUUUUGACUGUAGUAGCUUGCCUUU